AUGUUAUUUGUUACACUUUGCCCGUGUCUGCUUUUAUCGGCUUUCACUCUUCGAAUUUCUUUGGCAUUACGAGCGGCAGUCACAAAGAGGCACUCAAUGUGUGCCCCAAGUGCCGACGUGGAUUCACGGAACCGAAAAGGUUUAGCUACGAAGAAAGAACACAAGUCGAACAUAAUGCUUGUUCUUGUGAUCGCAAAAUUCCUGGUGUCUGAUAUACUGCCAACUGUGAUUGAUGUUUUGGAACACGUAAGUUUAGCUAUUUUAUCAACCAACGACCUGCACGAAGGUUUAGACAGGAUCUUCUCUAUCGUUGGACAGAGCGCCUUUAUGCAAAGCCCAUUAGCGUCAUUGUUCGUUGAUUUGUCCAAUUUUCUCAUUGUGCUGAACUGUUCAUCGAAUUUCUGGGUGUUCGUAAUCUGGGGGAAACGAUUUCGGAGGUCAUGUCGGCACGUACUGCUUUCCUGCGAAAUUGGGGAGUCUAUAUAUAGGCUUGGAAAGGUCACAUCAGACCCGGACAUCGUUACUUGUUGUGGGCAAUCUUCGCUAACUACAAUGCAAAAUACGAAAAUAUAUGGAAGCGAUGGCAAGAACCGGCAAAUAAGAGUCUCGAAUUACUCAGCCCAGGGUGGAUCAGCUAUUUCAGAGAAAUCUGCUUACAAAUCCAUAUCAGAAGACUGCAGAGCAACAUGGGAAUAUGAGAAUCUGUCACAGUUAGAAGAAGUAGACGAACAGAAGCUUAUCCGAUAG